GAAGAAGUCGAAGAAUGACGUCAGUUACGCGCGACCCGGCCACCGGCGAGGAAACGCGUGCUCGGUUUCGCGAAGUACGACAAGACGAGCGAGCAGUCGUCGAAGCCCCCGCGACAUGGGCGACAGCAGCCGACCGUGCACCGUGUGGCUGGGCUCGGAGACGGGCAUCCUGAAAGGCGUCAGCGUGUCCCGCAGACAAGCCUUCAACUUCGGCGAGAGCUCGCAGCUGAGCCGCCAGCACGAGGUCCGGGCGCUGUGCUGGGCCGACGCGGCCGAGAGCGAGCUGCUGGUCGCCGCCGCGGACGGGACCGUCAAGACGUUCAGCCUGGAGAAGGGAGCCUUCACCGAGGCGCGACGCUGCGGCGACCCGGCCGAGGACGGCUCCUUCGUCGGGCUGGCCGUGCUGGACGGCGGCGCGGCCCUGGUGACGUGCGCCGAGGGCGGCCUGCUUCGCGUCUGGAGGGACGAGAGCGGCGAGCCCUCCGCGGAGAUCCGCGUGGGAAGCGACGUGGCCCGCAUGAGGCAGAACCCGGAGCGCCGGCACAAGGUGGCGACCGGCGGUAAGGACAAUUGUCUCAAGGUGUGGGACCUGGAGAAGCCCGACCAGCCCGUGUUCACCGCCAGGAACCUGCGGAACGACUGGCUGAAUCUACGGCGGCCGCACUGGGUCAAGGACACGGCCUUCAUACCGGGCUCCGACAAGGUGGUCACCUGCACGGGAUUCCACCAGGUCCACGUGUACGACCCCUCCACGCCCCAGCGGCGCCCCGUCCUGGAGGCCACCUUCGGGGAGUACCCGCUGACGGCGUUGUCUCUCCCCGCCGCGGGGGGCUCGGUGGUGGUCGGCAACACGCACGGUCAGGUGGCCGUGCUGGACUUGCGGAAAGGCCUGGUGCGGGGGUGCUUCAAGGGCCUGUCCGGGGGCGUGCGGAGCCUGCAGUGCCACGCCGCGCAGCCCUUGGUGGCGUCCUGCGGCCUGGACCGCUUCCUGCGCAUCCACAGCCUGGAGGACCGGCGGCUGCAGCAUAAGGUUUACCUCAAAUCCCGACUCAACUGCCUGCUGCUCGCCAGCCGAAGCCUGGAGGAGGCACGGGGGGACGGCGGCCGCGAGGUGAAGGAGGAGGAGGAGGAGGGCGACGACGACGACGACGUGGACGAGGUGUGGGAUGGCAUGGAGCGGGUGGAGGAGCGAGCGGAGAAUCUCAAGAGGAAAACGUCGGCGGAGGUAGAGGAGAUGAACGCGAAGAGGAAAGCACGAGGAGUGGAGGAAGGAGAGAAAACAUGCAAAGAGCGAGACGAUUCGGAGAGGCAAGCACCGGCAGAGGAGAUGAGAGAGAAAAUAUCUGAGGAUCAAGAGGAGAAUCCCAAGAAAGAAACACCGGACGAGGAAGAGGAACAGCCGCAGAAGAACACGACGAAGAAGAAGAGAAGGAAAGCUCAAGCCUGAGAGGCGUUCGUGUUGUGGGACUUUUCACGUCUUAGCUCCUCGGACUGAGAGACCGAUGACACGGGCGAGCGUUGCUUGGAGGGAUGUGCGUACUUUUGUCAUUUUAGCACAGCCAUUAAAAUGACAUUUUGUUGUCGUUGUAUACACGUGCCUGCAACUGCUUUGCCUUAAACAUGAACAGGAAGAUAUAACGGUCCGUGAAUGCAUCAGUUCGGGGAAAAGGCUUUCAAUUUUCAGGUGAAGCUGGGAUUUGUCAAUCGCUUCGAGCGGCGCUUGUCAAACACCUCCCAAAAGUCUUCACUCUCCAAGUACCACCAUCAAAAGACAGUCGCGUAGCAGGCCCGAUUAUUUGAUCAAUUCAUUGAAUCUGAUUGUUUUGUUUUGUUUUUUUAACUAAAAGAGGAUAUCAUUUCAAAUUGACACAAACAUAAAUCGAUGAUGAUUCGGUUCCCGGUUUGGGCAGUAGCAUUCGUCAGAAAAUCAGCAAAAAUGUUGAUCGUGGUUUUGUAAAAGAAAAGCAGAUAUUUGCAAAUGUCUUAUUUUGAUGAAACACAAAGAUGAUCAGUCCGCCUUAAUAUUCAAAUUCUAUAAUCAUGAAUGUUUACUGCUUUGUUAUUAUAAUACAUAACGAUUCAUAUUGUGAGAGGCAGAAAUUCCAAAGAUUUGGACAAGGUCUAUAAAUGAUAAAAUCCUGAUGGAUGAAUCUGAUUCUUGAUUCGUUGUCAAUACUGUCUACUUGACAGUAUUUUUGGGCAUAAAAACCCAGUAAUAAGAAUUGUUCUCCGCAUGAGCUGGAAAAUGCGAGUGCAAAACGACUGCCUGAUGCGUUCCUUGCUCUUCUUCUGUGGUUCUUUCUUAGAGGUUUGCAAAGCAGCGUUAAUGGUGCGCUAGCGCCACCAACUGAUAUUGUCCUGCAGCUGCAAGGAAACCAAUGCGAAUGGAAGGUGGCUGCAUGUUGUGGAGUUUGCUGGCACCACCUAGCGGUGGGGGUCUGAA